UUGUUGUUCAGUGAGCAUUUUGCCACUUUCCAUCUGUCUUGAGUAAAUUCUGUAGCCCUUUUGUGACCGGAAAGAUACUUGAGUAAAGCCAGGUAAAGGUAGAGGUGGGUGGGAAUGGCAUGUGAUGUUGGCUAGACACGGUUGGAAAAGCAACAGGUAGCUAGCUCAAUGUAUGCCAAGCGCUCCUGACUGUAGCAUCACAGACCACACCCGUGAAGAUGGCCCAGGGAAAGUCACCCACGGAUGGUGUCAAGAGUCAGCAGAAGUGGGCAGAGAUGUACUCUGAAAUUACCACUGUCAGCUCCAGCGCAGAUGUGGGCAGCCCAGCCAGAAAAGGCCCAUUUGACAGUAUGGCCAUAGGCCUCAGCAGGCGUGGGAGAGCCUACCCAUCCCCAGCGCGCAGGCGCCAUCGCACCACCUUCAGUCACAAGCAGCUGGACCAGCUGGAGAUGGCCUUUGGACAGAACCACUACCCCGACAUCUACUGCCGUGAGGAACUAGCGCGGCUCACCAAACUCAAUGAAGCACGCAUACAGGUAUGGUUCCAAAAUCGCCGUGCCAAAUACCGCAGGCAGGAGCGUGCGUCUCAAAAGGUCUUGCCAAUGGGCAUGAUGCCAGGGCACAGGGCACUGUUGAGCAGCAUGUGUGUUCAGUCCACAGGGAUGACCUGUCAGUACUACCCUCACUCUCUGGCUCACCAUAUCCCCCGGUUCCCCUCUAUGCUGCCCCAAGGUGGUUACUCCCACUCCCACCACACAAGCUCAGCCAGCCAGUGUCACUGCCCUACAGUCCCACCACAGCCACAAUCCCCCCGCCAGCAUGAGGACUGGUACAGCCCGCUCCGGAACAUUGGAGCCCCACCCAACAACCUGGCCACACCUGUGUUCUCCCUGACCUCCAUGCCUGCUCUAGACCCUGCCUCUCACUGGAACUAAAGAAAGGGCAACUUCUAUGUCAGGAGGUAGAUAACUGUUAAUUCUUCGAAAAACACAGCCUAUUCAUUGCACUGUAGAUCAGAUUUUUUAAAUACAGCUUUUUGUAUCUGUGCAGUGAUAGGAACUAAGGAACAUGAAGAAUUUAGAGAUUAGUGAGAACGACUUAACUCUUUCACCCCUUGAAUACCUGACAUUGAAUGCAUUGCAUGUUACAUGUUCUGUGACUAGCAGGUUUAAAGUUCAAGGUAGCCUAACUGAGACAUUUGUGGGUAAUCUAAAUAGACUGGCUGAAAUAUAUGCUAUCUUUCUCCUAACAAUGUAUU